AAGCGAGAGAAGGCGGCUCUGAAGGAAGGCGAGUACGAGACUCAAUGCCUCGUGUGCAACGUCUCAUGCCAUUUUCCCUGCAAGGUGAAGAAUUCGAGAAAGGCGGAAUGCGAGAUCAUGGAGGCCGGUCGCUGCAAGGCGUGUCGCUGCGACGCCGCCAAGCACUUCAACAGCCCCCACCGCUUCCAGACUUCGAAGGAGAGGAGGACGCUCAAGGACCUGAAGCACUCACACAGAGCAAAGACGAGGCGAAAUGAGUCCCUGCUGGAAAUCCUGAAGCGGAAAUACGAGAGGGGCCGAAACGAAAUGAUGAAUCUCGUGCUGGAAGCUCACGAGAAACUCUGUAAAUUGGAGCCGAUGUCCAUUUCUGAAUAUAUGGAAAUUUUGAUUUCCUCGGAGAAUAAACAAACGAGACUCGGCUGGGUGGACAGAAUCAGAAUCCUCCAAGAAAUUCAAGACCUAAUGGGAAUGGGGCAUGCCGAAAAUGAAAUUGUCAACGUCAUUGAAUCUGGCAUUGAGAAACAGGUGAAGGAGCAAGAGCCCUUCGCUUCCAGAGCUGCGAUGGAUGAUGACCUCAUAAAGGGCAGAAACCUCACAAAAGUCUACUUCCUUCCUCAGAAUUCCGCAUUGGAGUGCAAGAUCUGCGAGGAGGGCUUCAGAGCCGAGGGCGACCGAGUCCCCCGCCUCUUGCCAUGCGGCCACACGCUCUGCCAUUCUUGCCUGGGGAUGCUCGCUCGAGGGGGUACUUCCGUUCUUUGCCCGUUCGACCGAUCGGCCGCUACGAUGGGACCAGAUGGAGUCAACGGCCUGAAGAAGAACUUUGCCCUUCUGGAGCUCAUCCCGACAGGAAAUCUUGGAUCAUGA